GUGCGCAUGCUCAGAGUUGGACAGCUCCAGAGAGGGAAAUUUAAAAACGGUUCGAGCUGCGACGGUGGCCAAAUUGCAGACAGCGAGGGGCGAGCGCAAGGGAGUCCCCCUGCUGCAGCGCUGCCCGCCCCCAGCCAACCCAAGACCUGCUCCAGGAAAUGAUAGAAAGUGACAUCCGAUCCAGAAUGUCAGGAAUGAUCAGAAGCUCAGGGCACAGCCAUCACAGCUGUCCACAGGAAUACAGGCUCCUGCCUCCCAUGGGUGAUGAUGACCUCCCUGGGGACCUUCAGUCAUUGUCGUGGCUCACGGCUGUGGACGUGCCCCGGCUGCAGCAGAUGGCAAAUGGGCGGAUAGACCUGGGCAGCGCUGGUGUGUCACAUCCACACCCAGGUGCCUUGACUGGAACAGCAGACCUGCAUGUGGGUGCGGCCCCACGUCCCCUGCUCCGUAGCCAGACUGCCAUGGUCCCCAGAGGCAUGCUGGGCUUGAGCCCCAUAGGCAGCCACAGAACCAGCGCUGAGCAGAUGAACCAGUUCCCCAUAGGAGGCCAGUCAUCAUCGGGCCUCCAGGAAAUACCACAGCUGUACUCUCCGGCUACCCAAAUCCAGUUCCCUCUGCCUCCAGGGUCCCAGCAGUGCCCUCCUGCCGGCCUCUAUGGCUCUCCGUUUGCAGCUCGGCCUUCCUACCCACAGGCCCACAGGGCAAUGCACUCAUCUCAGGAGCCACACCCCAAACACUAUCCCAAGCCCAUCUAUUCCUACAGCUGUCUGAUCGCCAUGGCCUUGAAGAACAGCAAGACAGGCAGCCUGCCCGUGAGUGAGAUCUACAGCUUUAUGAAGGAGCACUUCCCCUACUUCAAGACAGCACCUGACGGCUGGAAGAACUCCGUGAGGCACAACCUGUCCCUGAACAAGUGCUUCGAGAAGGUGGAAACCAAGUCCAGUGGCUCCUCACGCAAGGGCUGCCUGUGGGCCCUGAACCUGGCACGCAUCGACAAGAUGGAGGAGGAGAUGCACAAGUGGAAAAGGAAGGACCUCGCAGCCAUACACCGCAGCAUGGCCAACCCCGAGGAGUUGGAUAAGCUCAUCUCAGACCGCCCGGAAAGCUGCCGGCGUCCUGGAAAACGAGGGGAGCCUGAAGCCCCUGUGCUGACUCACGCUACCACGGUAGCCAUGGCCCACAGCUGCCUGGCCAUCUCCCAACUCCCACCGAAGCCACUGAUGACCCUGUCCCUGCAGUCAGUCCCCCUGCACCACCAGGUCCAGCCCCAGGCACAUCUGGCCCCCGACUCCCCGGCCCCGGCCCAGACCCCACCUCUUCAUGCCCUGCCCAACCUCAGCCCAGGGCCUCUCCCCCAGCCAGCCGUGGGUAGGGUUCCUGGAGACUUCCUCAACAUCAGCACUGACGUGAACACAGAGGUGGAUGCCCUGGACCCCAGCAUCAUGGACUUCGCUCUACAGGGUAACCUCUGGGAGGAGAUGAAGGACAGUCUCAGCCUGGACGCACUGGGGGCCUUUGGAGACUCCCCACUUGGCUGUGACCUGGGACCCCCAAGCCUGACCCCUGUCUCUGGCAGCGGUGACCAGUCCUUCCCUGAUGUGCAGGUGACAGGUCUCUAUGCUGCCUACUCCGCCGCAGACAGUGUGGCCCCAUCGGUGGGCAACUCUGCACCGUACCUGGGCACACCCGGGAACAAGCCCAUUGCUCUGCUUUGAGCUGCUGGCCUGGAAGAAAGGCACCUUGGCUGCGCCACA